CCGCCUGCCCCGGUGACUGAGGCCCGGAAGGCCGAGGCUUCGACUUCCUUGUCUUCGUGUGUGAUCGCGGGUCGAGGUCAGUAGCCGGGGCUGAGCUGGGCCUUGGGCUCCUCGCCUGGCACUUCGGAGGUGCCACGAUCCGCCUCAGGCGCCCAUAGACUGCGCCCGGCCCCCCGGCCCUCUAAGGAGCUCGAGGAUGGCUGCUGAGAAAUAUCACCAACCAAAUACAAUUAAUGGACAGGAUCAAGAUGCCACUGGGAGUAAUUCAAGCAGUUGGAGAGAAGUGGAAGUGGAAGAAGUCAGCGGAGGAAAUGAUUUGCUUCCCAAUGGAUUUCAAAUGGAGGAAACUGAGAACAAACUCUUGGAUUCAGCACCAGAUGCUUCUGGAUCACUGACAAAGGGACCGCUGCUAUUCAUCAACAGGCAGCAAAUCCAGUCAGUGGCCCAUGAUUCACGAGCAGAUGAACUCAGAGGCCUGGAAGUUGACGUAUAUGACCAGGAUGUAUUGGAACAAGGAGUCCUUCAGCAGGUAGACAGUGCAAUAAGUGAAGCAAACAAAGCCCAAAUUGCUGAUGCAGAAAAAUUAUAUCGAUCUGCAUUAGAUGAGUUCAGGUCAUGCACAAAGUCCCUGAAACAGAUUGAUACCAUUAUUGAGCAACUUACUCCUCAAUCUGCUACUUGUAAAGCUAUUAAAAGAAAAUUAGAUUCUGUGAAGCGGCAAAAAUACAAUAAGGAACAACAAUUGAAAAAAAUCAAUGCAAAACAAAAAAAUCUUCAGAAAAUCUUUGCUAGAAAGAUUCCUGAUGGAAUAGGUGAUUCUGUAUUUGAAGAUGAUGGAGACCCUGGUCCUUCAUCCCUUGGCAGUAUGCUUAUGCCAGUUGAAGAAACUGAGUGGGAGAGGCUUAUCAAAACUGGUCAGAUGACUCCUUUUGGAACAAAACUCCAAAAUCAAGAGAGAAAACCUCGUCGGAUAAUGCUAAAUGAUGCUUCUGGUUUUGAAAAAUAUUUGGCAGAUCAAGCAAAACUCUCAUGUGAAAGGAGAAAAACAUCAGUAAGUAAGCAGACUAAAGGAAAAAAACCUUCAGAGAAGAGUCAUAUUAAAGCUUCCAUAAAAGGAAAGGGAGUUAUAAGCAAGAACCAAUCAAAAAUGGACAGUCACAUAAAGAAGCGUCUGGAAAAGCUUCAGAAACAUGUUUUUCAGAUUCAAGCGAAGCCCAGACUUCCUAAAACUAAGGUGAUAGAGAGAGAGGAGCAAAAAGAGGACAGUGAAGAGUCCAUAUACAUGCCAGAUGAAGAACUGAGCAGUUUUGAUGAUGAAGAAGAAUUUUAUCAAGAUGGUGAUAACACUGAUGAUUUUAAAUUGAAACCUCAGUCAGAGAGGCAAAAAUCAUCAAGAAAAUAUCAAGAAGAGACUGUUGGGGAUGACUUUUUGUCAAGCUCAGAUGAAGACAAAAAGGAUAUGGUAGGGAAGAAGAACAGAAAGAGACACAGAGACGAUGGUAAUGAAAAUUUCUAUAAGCAAAGAUUAAGGAGGUGGCACAAACAACAGUUGAAAGACAAAGAGCAGCAACAGAUAGCAGGGGAAGAUUCUGAUGAAAGUGAUACUGAAUUUUCUGAAGCCUUCAGAGUUCCAGGCUUUCUCUUCAAGAAGCUUUUCAAGUACCAGCAGACAGGUGUUAGAUGGCUCUGGGAAUUGCACUGCCAGCAGGUGGGAGGAAUUCUGGGAGACGAGAUGGGAUUGGGCAAGACCAUUCAGAUAAUUGCCUUCUUGGCAGGUCUGAGCUACAGCAAGAUCAGGACUCGUGGUUCAAAUUACAGGUUCAGAGGACUCGGCCCAACACUAAUUGUGUGUCCUACCACAGUGAUGCAUCAGUGGGUGAAAGAGUUUCAUGUUUGGUGGCCUCCAUUUAGAGUGGCAGUUCUCCAUGAAACAGGUUCUUAUACCAAGAAAAAGGUGAAACUGAUUCGGGAAAUUGCAGCAUGUAAUGGUAUUUUGAUAACUUCCUAUUCAUAUAUCCGCUUGCUGCAAGAUAACAUCUGCAGCUAUAACUGGCAUUAUGUGAUUCUAGAUGAGGGACACAAAAUUCGGAAUCCAAAUGCUGCGGUUACACUUGCUUGCAAACAGUUCUCCACUCCUCAUCGAAUCAUCUUGUCUGGAUCACCUAUACAAAAUAACCUAAAGGAGCUGUGGUCCCUCUUUGAUUUUGUAUUUCCAGGAAAACUGGGGACACUACCUGUCUUCAUGGAACAAUUCUCUGUUCCAAUAACCAUGGGAGGGUACUCCAAUGCUUCUCCAGUUCAGGUAAAAACUGCAUACAAGUGUGCUUGUAUUUUACGGGAUACCAUUAACCCCUAUCUGCUACGGAGAAUGAAGGCAAAUGUUAAAAUGAGUCUCUCACUACCAGAUAAAAAUGAACAGGUACUUUUUUGUCGUUUGACAGAUGAGCAGCACCAAGUUUACAAAUGUUUUAUUGAUUCUAAGGAAGUUUAUCAGAUUCUCAAUGGAGAAAUGCAGAUAUUAUCUGGAUUGAUUGCCCUGAGAAAGAUCUGCAAUCAUCCAGACAUCUUCUCUGGUGGUCCUAAGAUUUUGAAGGGAGUACCUGAUGAAGAGUUAAAUGAAGAGGAUUGUUUUGGAUUCUGGAAACGUUCUGGGAAAAUGAUAGUUAUAGAGUCUCUGCUGAAAAUAUGGCACAAGCAGGACCACAGAGUGCUCCUCUUUACUCAAUCUAGGCAGAUGCUGCACAUCCUUGAGGCAUUUCUGAAGCAAAGAAGCUAUUCCUACCUCAAAAUGGAUGGUACCACAACAGUUGCAUCAAGGCAGCCCCUUAUCACAAGAUACAAUGAGGAUACAUCCAUAUUCGUAUUCCUCCUUACUACUCGAGUUGGUGGACUUGGUGUUAACUUGACAGGUGCAGACAGAGUGAUUAUCUAUGAUCCUGACUGGAAUCCCAGCACAGAUACCCAGGCUCGAGAACGUGCAUGGAGAAUAGGCCAAACAAAAGAAGUUACCGUGUACAGACUUCUUACUGCAGGUACUAUUGAAGAAAAGAUUUACCACAGACAAAUCUUCAAGCAGUUUCUAACAAACCGAGUGUUGAAAGAUCCAAAGCAAAGGCGCUUUUUUAAAUCCAAUGACCUCUAUGAACUCUUUACUUUGAGCAAUCCAGAUGGAACUCAGGAGACAGAAACUAGCGCUAUUUUUGCAGGCACUGGUUCUGAUGUUCCAAAGCCAAAGCAGCAGACAAAGUGGAAAGUUGCAGAUCGCUUUGAUGUAUCUAAAAAACAUUGUCAUUUUGCAGAGACUACUUCAUCCAUAUGUACCAACUUGUCAGAUUCAUUGUCAGCAAGACAGCAUGUAAAUUCAUGUUCUGCAGAAAUAAACUCAUGUGAAAUGAUUGAAACAAACCCAGAAACAUCCAGCAGGACAUCUACUCUUCCAAAAGAUGAUAUCAAGAGUACAGAUUCAUUCAGUAUUGUAGAAGAGAAACUUUUAGAAUCAGUCAAAGAAUCAGGAUCCAGAAGGAAGGGGGCAUCUGAGAAUGUGAGAUUGAUGAACUCAGAUGAAUCUAGUGUAAGCAGUGAAAGGCAGCAUGAGAAGAAAAGGCAUAGGAAGGAACAGGGUAUUAAUGAGCAGCUGAAUAACAAUUACAACAAGCAUACUUCAAAAACAAAGCAUCACAAGGCCAUUUCAAGAAAACCUAAAAGUUCUCGAGAUGCCAGGUUUGAAGGUGAGCGAAUUCCUCACUUGGUGAAGCACAGAAAGUACAGAAAGGAAGACAAUGUGGAAGAGAAAGAUCUGAGGAAAAAUGAAGAUUAUGUCUUAGAGAAACUUUUCAGAAAAUCAGGAAUUCACAGUGUAAUGAAACAUGAUGUCAUUAUGGAAUCCUCCAGUCCAGAUUAUGUGCUAGUGGAAGCAGAAGCCAGUCGGGUCGCUCAAGAUGCCCUUAAAGCCUUAAGGAUCUCUCGACAGCGAUACCAAGGAGUUGCUUCCUGUGUUCCUACAUCGACUGGGCCUACUGGCCUGCCUGGCUCAACAAGAAGAAAGUUUGGACAGAAGAGGAACCCAAAUUUGAUGAUGCCAUCUACAUCUUCUUCAUCUACAGGAAAGACAUGCAAGGACACUAAAAGAGAGAGAGGCGAAGAUAAAAAUGUUUCUACUUCUCACUUCAGUGGUAGACUGGAAGCAGAAGAGUCCUCUUCAUGUACCCUGGAUUCAUCCUCUUUGCUGGCCAAAAUGAGAGAAAGAAAUCAUCUGCUGGUGCCUCACAGAACAGAUGCUCAAACUGACGGGAGGGAUCAGCAGAUAGUGUCGGCACUCUCUGUAGCAACAGAGCAUGAAGAGUUGCUUAUGGAUGUCAAAACCUUCAUAGCUUUCCGGGCUCAUGUCCCAGGUCAAGCUAGCACUAGGGAAAUAUUGCAGGAGUAUGAAUCAAAGCUGAGUAUAGAACAGUCUUGUGUCUUUCGAGAACUCCUGAGAAACAUCUGCACUUUUCAUAGACAUUCAAGUGGAGAAGGACUCUGGAAAAUAAAACCAGAGUUUUCCUGACAGCUUCUUUGGGCUAUGUAGUUUCAGCCCAACAAUACUGAAUUUGUAGUCCUCUCUUAAAGUGAUAUUUCAGUUAGACUUUUCACCUGUACACUGUUUAAUGUAAACUAUGUCAUCUACAUUACUACACAGCUACAUAAAACAAGUGGACUUUUCCUUGUUUAAAAGGCUGUGAUUCAGAAUUGAUUUUUGUUCAUGUUUUGUUCAACAAAAUAGAGGAAAAUGUAUACUUUUUUUAGUAUGGAUACAUAAGAUUUUAACUGGAAAUCAAAUAGUUAAUUAUAGUACAUAACAAUUAUUAGAUAUAUUGUGUAUUUUUGGGAGGUAUGCAAGCAAUUCUGACCUGGAAAAAAUUAACUGAAAGAUUCAGAAACAAGAGUCAAACAAGGUAUUAGAAAAUGUGAUGAGGUAGAAUUUGUGUCUGUUUCAUCACUCUGGGCUCACCCAUUGGAAUGAAUAUAUUCUUUUAUGCUUAGGCAUGCUACAAACACAUGAGAAUGUCAAACCUGCUCUUUUUCCUUAUGGUACUGUGCUGUAAUGUCCAAUUACCUGAAAAGCCUGGCUGGAGAGAGAGGUAAACCUCCCCUCCUUAUAAUCUCUCCUCCUACGCCUCAUAUUAUUCAGUUGAUUACAGAAGACUGCCAAGAAAUAUCAGAUACUUUGUGCUAUAUUUCAAAGAAUUGGCAAAAUCACCUUGAGUGUUCCUUGGCUAAGAAAACUGAAAUUCAUAGGAUUGCAGUAUGUUACAGAUGAGUUUAAGGCACAUACACACAGCAAUUUUAAAAAUGAGUACAGUGCUGGCAAGUUUAGUAGAAGAGAGGUAAAUGCCAAAACAAAAGACAAGGGUAUGAUAAAGGAGAGGAGCUGUUCAGGGUGACAGAGACAACAAAGAGUAGUGGCAUGAAGGACAUGCCAGUAGGGGGAAGGUUGCAUUAAGGUUGGACCUGGACAGAAAUAACAAUAUAUCACUGGAUGAUUUAAGUACUCAGGGGUACAAGAUCUUAUUCUCACAGAAAGUCAACCAACAGGUAUUUUCCCUCACUAACUCCAAGAGCAGAGUAAGUGGAGAUUGUAUACAAAGAGAUACAAUAGUUCAUCUGCAAAUUGAGGCUAUAGAACAGAUUUCUCAAGUCAAGAGGUUCAAGAGUUUCAGUCUUUUUCACAGAGCUUAAAAGCAAUGGUCAUACCACUCUGUGUUGGAUUUAAAAUUAUUCAGCAACUUCAUAAAGAAUGAGAGGUUCAAGAUGUAAACCUUGCAGACCAUCAGAGAAUUUGUAAAAGAGUGAUUGGAUGUUUUCACCUGAUUUAAAGGAAGCAUAUUUGCUUGUACCUAUGGCCCUCAAAUUGCAGGAAAUACCUUUGUUUCCAAUACAGAGACAACCUUUUUCAGGUCAAGGCUCUUCUGUUUGGUCUAGCCUCACCUCCCAGAGUCUUCUCCAAGGUGUUGGUUCCAAUAAUAGCUCAUCUCAGGAAGGAAGGGAGCAAGGAUGUAAUCAAAGGAAAUGUAUACAGGACAUUGCAAAUAUUACAAAAACAUGGGUUUGUAAUAAACUUUGA